GCGCGCUUCGGACACCUCUUCGGCAAGGCCCAGCCGCCACGCGUUGCCGGGCAGAGCUGGACGCCGCUUGUUCCCUGUGCCCCUCCCGCUGUCCUCGCCGGGCCAGGCCCUGGUCCUUCGCGGGCUGUUCUAGGCCACCAUGGGCUCGGAGAUGGAGCCGCUGCUCCUGGCCUGGAGCUAUUUUAGACGAAGGAAGUUCCAGCUCUGCGCGGAUCUGUGCACGCAGAUGCUGGAAAGUCCCCUUGUGACCAGGCAGCUUGGAUUUUAAAGGCACGAGCACUAACUGAAAUGGUAUACGUAGAUGAACUUGAUAUAGAUCAGGAAGGAAUUGCAGAGAUGAUUCUGGAUGAAAAUGCAAUUGCCCAAGUUCCACGCCCUGGAACGUCUUUGAAACUCCCCGGAACCAAUCAGACGGGAGGGCCUAGUCAGGCUGUCAGGCCAGUCUCGCAGUCUGGGAGACCCAUCACAGGCUUCAUUAGGUCCAGCACACAGGGUGGCAGGCCGGGCACCAUGGAACAGGCCAUCAAAACGCCCAGAACUGCCUACACAGCACGCCCUGUCACCAGCUCAACAGGAAGAUUCAUCAGGAUGGGGACGGCAUCCAUGCUUACAAGUCCUGAUGGACCAUUUAUAAAUUUAUCCAGACUGAAUUUAACAAAAUAUUCUCAGCAACCUAAGUUGGCAAAGGCUUUGUUUGAGUAUAUCUUUCAUCAUGAAAAUGAUGUUAAGACUGCUUUGGAUCUGGCAGCCCUAUCCACAGAGCAUUCUCAGUACAAGGACUGGUGGUGGAAAGUGCAAAUCGGAAAAUGUUACUUCAGGUUAAGAAUGUAUCGUGAAGCAGAAGAACAGUUUAAAUCAGCCCUGAAGCAACAAGAAAUGGUAGAAACAUUUCACUAUCUGGCAAAAGUUUAUAUCUGGUUGGAUCAACCUAUGACUGCUUUAAAUGUUUUCAAACAAGGCUUAGAUAAGUUUCCAGGAGAAGUAACCCUGCUUUGUGGAAUUGCCAGGAUCUAUGAGGAAAUGGAUUUUUAUUCAAAAGCAGCUGAACACUAUGAAAAAGUUUUAAAACAAGAUAAUACUCAUGUGGAAGCUAUCGCAUACAUUGGGAGUCACCACUUUUACUCUGACCAACCAGAAAUAGCUCUCCGGUUUUACAGGCGACUCUUGCAGAUGGGCAUUUAUAACUGCCAGCUUUUCAACAAUCUGGGGCUGUGUUGCUUCUUUGCCCAGCAGUAUGAUAUGACUCUGACCUCAUUUGAACGCGCCCUUUCUCUGGCUGAAAAUGAAGAAGAGUCAGCUGAGGUCUGGUACAACUUGGGGCACAUAGCUGUGGGGAUAGGAGAUACGAACUUGGCCCAUCAGUGCUUAGGGCUGGCUCUGGUCAACAACAACUACCAUGCUCAUGCCUACAACAACCUGGCUGUGCUGGAGAUGCGGAAGGGCCACGUUGAACAGGCAAGCGCACUCUUACAAACUGCAUCAUCUCUAGCACCCUGUUUGUAUGAACCUCAUUUUAAUUUUGCAACAUUAUCUGAUAAGAUUGGAGAUCUACAGAGGAGCUAUGUUGCUGCUCAGAAGUCGAAAGAAGCAUUUCCUAAUCAUGUGGAUACACAACAUUUAAUUAAACAAUUACGGCAGCAUUUUGCUAUGCUCUGAUUAUUCCUUAGACCUAAUAUGUUC